GAAUUGUGAAUUGCGCGUGGUUCGCUGGCUCGUACAGGCCCGUUUCCUCUCCAUAUAUACCCGCAACCUAGAAACCUUCACAUGAAGUAGUCGAGUACAUGAGCAUCAGUCGUGGUGUGCCGGGAAAGAACAAUACCGUCGCUCAGCUUCAUGCGAUCGCAACUACCGGAGGAGGCAUGAUCACGCGCUCGACCCUACGUCCCGCGUGCAAUCCGCGUCGCUCGGGCUGUCCAGGACGAAGGUUACAGGAGUGAAGAGAAGAAGAAAAGAAUGAACAAGCUAUCUUCUGCCGACCUGCACGCCUCAUGCGCGUGUCUUAUCUUAUUGUCCUUGGUCUUCGCACGCUGUGCCGGCUCCUACGUGAGGUGCGAUGCGUCUUCGUCCGGUUGUAGAGUACGAGGUGAAGAGAUUGAGAUGGUGUGAGGAGGUCGGGGUAGUCUAGCGAUGGAGACUGAGACGGAGCGA